AUGGCAGAAGUUGCUUCGCUUCUCACUACAAAACGAGCAGAUGCAGCAGCAGAACUCGCCGCAAAGGAAGCAGAGUACAAGAUCGUACAAGAAGAACAAAGGCAAAAGGAGAAGAUAAAAGCGUUAGAAGAAGAGCACAAAAAACAAAUGGCAAUCCAAACAUCAGAGCUAGAACGCUUGAGAGCUGAGAAGGAUGUAGAAGCAGCUCGUGCCAGGUUGGAAGCUUACAAUAACGAAUUACUACAGCUUGGUGAUGCAAGCCAUACCUGCACCAACGGCUCCCUCUAG